AUGUGCCGAAUUUUUAACGCGGAAACUGCUCGACUCGAGAAACUAAACAAGGCAUCAGACUUCAACGUCCACAUGAACCAUAACAAUCAAAAAAAGCAAGAACACAACAGAAUGAAAAGGAACGUGAAUCCAGCUCUUACAGAAAAUGCAUAUGAUAUGGAACGAGUGGAACGCAUUGUAGACAAAUUGUACGAUGAUAUGGAAGAACACGGACAAAAGGUUACAUAUAGACAAAGGCGUAUCAACACUGUAACAACAGACAAGACAAUAAUCAAUACAACAGCAAGGCGAUUAUUCUUCGCACCAGCAGAACUCUUGGGACCCGUGGGAUAUGUUAUCGACAACGGAACAUCAAAGGAGGAGGAGCAUAAAAAACCUGCCAUAACAGCCUGGCACAAGAAAUGGAAGCAUGGCAUUGUUCCUUAUUUCAUCGAUCCAAAUACCUACGGUUAUAAAAAGUACUUCGCAAUUCGCCCUGAUGAUGCAUUGUCGAGUCUUCCAUAUGAUUAUGCUAGUGUUCUUCACUAUCCUGCUCGAGCUUUCUCUAAGAAUGGUCAAGCUACAAUACUUACUAAGGGUGAUAUAAAAAUCGGUCAACGUGAAUUACUUAGCAAAAUUGAUGUGGAAAAAGUUGGUAUCAUUUAUGAUCAGGAAUGUUUAGAACGAAAUCGACAAUAUCUUUUAAGAACUUGUCCUAGUGUUGUAAAAGUUAAUAAUACUGAACCCAAAAGAGCAACAGAAGAAGAAAUUAAUAGCUACUUUAAAGAUAGAAUCUGGCCUCUCGGGAUGAUAAGCUAUAAAUUGAGGGACAGACUCGAAUUUUCUACUGAAGAAAGAGAAAACAUAAAAGCGGUCAUUCGUCACAUAGAAAAAGAAACGUGCAUUAAAUUCAACGACCUUACAGAAACUAAUGAUACUAAGGUAGUGGAGCCAACCACCACUACAAUUGCGACUAAUAGUAAUAAAACCAAUAAAUUGAAAAUUGAAAGUAAUGAAAUAACUACUCCAGGGAUAAGUGACAAUGAAAUCAAAGAAAGUGACAUAUCAGAUAUAGAUAAAUCUGUAAUUACAAGAUUGAGUUCUCAAGAAAAUUCUGAAGAAAGCCAACAAAUCGAGAAAGAAAUGAAAGAGAAACUUCCACCAGCAGCUGCUGCCGGUUUUCCUUAUGACUACCAAAGCGUCAUGCAUUAUCCAUGGUUACAAAUCAAAAAUGGUGUCACCAGCAUUAUGUACCCUAUAUGGAAUGAUGGGUGGGCAAUGGGUCAUUGGCAAGGUCUUAGCUCAACAGACGUUCAGAAAUUAAAUCGUAUUUAUGCUGGACAAUGCACUAAAUAUCUGAAACUGGCGAAUGCUGACGAAUACAGAUAA